CCUCCUCCUCCUCCUCCUCCUGACGGGACAAGAUGGCGGCGCCCUUAGCCGCGGAGUUGGAGCGUCUCCUCAACCCGCUGCCCCGCGCCCAGCCUGACCCGGAGGACGACCCCGAAGAGGCUACGGCAGCCAAAGUGAUCGACAAAUUUGAUGAAGGAAACCUCGAUCAAGAUAUCCUUUCUGUGGGUCGAAUACGUAAAGGAGUUGCCUCUCAGCUUUUGGAUGCUGAUAAGCGGUACCAGGGGAAAGCCACAACCCGCAAAGCCUUAGAAGAAGAGUUGUGGGGCGCAGCUGAGCUGCCAGAUGAAGAAACAUCAGGUGAGGAGACAGGUGAAGGUGAUCUUGACAGUGAAUCUUUAGCUGAAGAUGAGAGUCCAGAAACAGAGGAGGAAGAGGAGGAGGAGGAAGAGGCAGCCAGUGAUACCGAAGAAGACAAAAAGCUGAAAAAACCAGCCUUCAGUUUCCAGGCCAUUGACGAUUUUGAGAAAUUUGCCGACGGGAUGGAUGACCUUGGGAGCGAGGAGGAAGAAGAAGAAGCCAGCUCUGGAGAAGACUACGAAGGUGAAAGUGAUUCACAGGAAGGCGUGAAGGAGAGCGAGGAGGAAAUGGCAGAGGUCGAUAGGGAUCCAGAAAGCGGAAUCCUCCUGACACGCUCUCAAGGCGAAGCAGCGGAAGAAGUAGCAAAGGGAAAAGCGGUGAAAAAUCAAAUAGCCCUGUGGGAUCAGCUCCUGGAAAGCCGAAUCAAGCUGCAGAAGGCCCUCUUAAUAGCCAACCAACUUCCCCAGCCAGAUACCUUCCCUGAAUUCAAGAAGAAAGGAGGGCAGGAAUAUUCUAACGUGCUCAAGAACAGUUACAAAGCGUUGAAGGCUUUGCUAAGAAGCCUGGUGGAUCUUCAGGAUGAACUCUGGCUCCAGAACUCGGGGACCAGGCAUUUGGUAGCAGGACAAAAGAAGGAGGAGAGUGACGAAGAGAUCUCAAGUGGCAGCGAUGAAGCCGAGGAAGAGAAGAGAGUUGUGCGGAGGCCGCCCAAACGGAAGCUGGAGAUGGAGGACUACCCCGAAUUCGCGGCUAAGCGGUUUGCUGACUUUCGGGCGUACAGAAACAACACUCUACAGAAGUGGCAUGACAGGACCAAACUGGCUUCUGGCAAACUGGGCAAGGGUUUUGGUGCCUUCGAGCGAUCCAUCCUGACUCAAGUAGAUCACAUUCUGAUGGACAAAGAGAGGUUACUCCGGCGGACGCAGACCAAGAGGUCAGCGUACAGGGUGCUGGGAAAAACCGCGUCGGCUGCUGAGGUGCUUCCAGAAACCGAGCUGGAUGAGACGGAGACGCUUCCUCCUGUGAUGUCAAAUGUCCACCUCAAAGACCUGGAUGAGGAGAUCUUUGAUGACGAUGACUUUUAUCAUCAGCUCCUCCGGGAACUUAUUGAACGCAAAACCACUUCCUUGGAUCCAAACGACCAGGUGGCAAUGGGCAGACAAUGGUUGGCUAUCCAGAAAUUGAGGAGUAAAAUCCGGAAGAAAGUGGAUACCAAGGCCAGUAAAGGAAGGAAAAUCCGGUAUCAUGUCCACAGCAAGCUGUUGAGCUUCAUGGCGCCCAUUGACCACUGCACGAUGAAUGAUGACGCCAGGACAGAACUGUAUCGGUCGCUGUUUGGCAAGCAGGUCCGCCUAGAAGAAGGACAUCAAGCCUAGUGAUCCAAAGGACACCUUGGCAGGUUCUGGAAUGUGGGAGACCUUCUCAUGCUCGGAUAGUCCCACCACCCUACAGACCUCACUCAGGGGAGUCAAGGUGGUGUCUGUCCAUUUGAUGGAGAAGAACCUGAGGAAGCUGCCAUCCAUGAUCACAUUGGGACACAGGACAACAUUUUUCUCCUACUCUCCCCCCCCCUCUCCUUUCUGAACUUCCCUCAAGAUGAGCCAUGUUAAUUCCAUCAGGCUCUUUCCUCUGGGAUCUUCAAGGACACAGUGGGCACGAAGUCAUCAUUCUGGCAGGGCAAGACUGUUGCCAAAGAUCACCACUGACACUGCAUCCCGAUGGAUGGACGGAUGGGAUGGAUGGAUGGAUGGAUGCCAAAACAAUUUGCUUGAUGAAAAAAGGCUCACCACUGGCACUGCAUCCCAAUGGAUGGAUGAUUGGAUGGAUGAAAGGAUGGAUUGGAGGGAGGGAUGAUGGAUGGAUGGAAUGGAUGGAUGAUG